AUGAUAGGGAGAAUCGUUACAUUGCUCUGUUUGCCCGAAGGAAUAGAUUUACAACAAGUACAGCUAUCAAAUCACAUAUUCAAUAUACCUAUCGAAGAGUUAUUUCCACUUCUACCAUCAGAAGAAGAUUGCGAAUGGCAAAUUUGCGCCCUAGAACACCUUUACGGGUUCCACGUCUUACUCGUAGACAAGUUGCUGCUCGUCUCCAGUGGCCUAGAGAAUAUCAGGAGUGGCUUUUACCACAGAGGCGAAAUGUGGUAUUUACAGAUGAGGUUAGGUUUGGACUGGUGA